GAAUCAUAGGGGUUGGAAGGGACCUCCAGAGAUCAUCGAGCCCAACCGCCCUGCCCAAGCAGGUUCCCUACACCAAGAGGUGUUGUGUGGUGUUAGUGUCACACAGUGGCUGUGCCAUUUUGCUGAUGUGUGGUGGUACUGGCACGUUGUGGUUGUAAAGAUGGUCACCGUGAUGGUGUUAGAUGGCACUGCUGGCAUGACAUGUCUAUCCCAUACGUUUGUGACGCGGUGGUGGUACCAGCACAUUGUAGCUUUCCUAUGGGCCUCUUUGGCUGAACCAGGAAGGUGUGUGGUGAUGCUGGCACACUGUGCAUGUACCAUGAACGUGUUAUGUGGUGGUACCAGCACACUGUGUCUGCAUUAAGCUGCUCGGUGGUGGUGCUGUUGCACUGUGGCUGCACUGUGUGGUGGCAGCAACCCCACUCCCUAUCCCACAGGAGUGCAAGGCACUGAUGAACGAGGGUUUCAAACACGUGGCGGUGGCAAUGCAGCAAAUGAUUGAGCAGAUGCAGAAGGAGUGGGAAAUGGAGAUUUCCUCAUGGUGCCGCAUGGGUGUGAACGUCCUGAUCACAUUGCUUCAGCUUGUCCUGUCAGACAUGACAGCAAAGAGGAGGUCAGCAAUGAGGACAGCAUUGAAGACAGCGAUGUGUAGCCCUGUGCCAGCUGUGCCUACAAGAAGUGCAGGCCAGCGCCCAGGCAUUGUGAUUUCAGGGAAGUGAGAGGUGUUACAGGAAAGGGAAAAAAACAGCAGGGGGAGGGCUGGGUUUGCUUUCUCUUUCGGUUUCAGCACUGCUGAGCCACAGAGAGCAGCACAACCAUGGAUGCUCCGGUGCUCCCGAUGCCGGCUCCGCUCUGCCUGGUGAACAACAGGGAUGGCGUGCUGUCCCUCGACCCCAAGGCGCUGGCAGUGCUGCAGGAGGUGGCGCAGCCCCUGGUGGUCGUGGCCAUCGCCGGGCCCUACCGCACCGGGAAGUCCUUCCUGAUGAACCGCCUGGCACAGAAGCGCAGUGGCUUCCCGCUGGGCCCCACGGUGCAGGCAGAGACCAAGGGCAUCUGGAUGUGGUGCCUGCCCCACCCACGCCGGCCUGGAGUGAUGUUGCUGCUGCUGGAUACCGAGGGGCUGGGAGACCCCAACAAGGAUGACGAUGACAGCGACGCCUGGAUCUUCACGCUGGCGUUGCUGCUCUCCAGCACCCUGGUGUACAACAGCAUAGGCACCAUUGACCAGCGGGCACUGGAGCAGCUGCGGCUGGUAACGGAGCUGACAGAGCACAUCCGCGUGCGGGAGGAGAAUGACAACCCAGCAUCCAACUUUGUCCGCAUCUUCCCGGGCUUCGUCUGGACCGUGCGUGACUUCACACUGCAGCUGCGGGCCGGUGAAAAGGCCCUGAGUGAGGAUGAGUACCUGGAGGAUGUGCUGCGACUGCAGACCGGGGACGGGAAGAAGGCCAAGGAGCGCAAUGAGCUGCGGCGCUGCCUGCGCAACUUCUUCCCCCACCGCAAGCUGUUCACGAUGGAGCGGCCAGCAGCUGAUGCGGAUCUGCCGCGGUUGGAGGAGCUGCGGGAGGACGAGCUGCAGCCGGGCUUUCGAAAACAGGUGGACGCCUUCUGCCGGUACAUCUGGGAGGAGGCGCCGGUGAAGGUGUUGCCGGGUGGGCACGAGGUGACGGGCAGCGUGCUGGCGGGUCUGGCGGAGAAAUACGUGGCGGCCAUCACCAACGGUGCAGUGCCCUGCGUGGAGAGCGCAGUGACAGCACUGGCACGGGCCGAGAACAAAGCAGCAGUGGAGGCGGCGGUGGCCGAGUACCAGCGGGGCAUGGAGCAGGGCCUGGUGCUGCCCACGCCCUCACACAGUGCUCUCAUGGCUGUGCAUCAGGACUGUGUGCAACGCGCCAUCACCCUCUUUCUGUCCCGUGCCUUUGCUGACCAUGAACGCCAAUACCAUGCGGAGCUGGUGUGCAAGCUGGAGGCAGCCAAGGAGGAGUUCUGCCAGCGCAAUGAGGAGGCGUCGGAGCAGCGGUGCCAUGCAGUGCUGCAGGAGCUUUGGAGGGAUGUGGAGCUCCGCCUGCAGAAUGGGGACUACGUGGCACCUGGUGGUGCACAGCUGUUCAAGGAGGACCUGGACCGCGUGCUGGAGGAGUACAAGCGGCGGCCUGACAAGGGUGUCAAGGCGGAGGCGGUGCUGGAGGUGUUCCUGCGGGAGCGCGAGGGGCUGGCACACGUGUUGAAGGCCACUGAGGUGCAGCUGGAGCUGGCGGAGCGGCAGCGGGAGGCAGCAGCGGCCGAAGCAGAGGCGGCCCAGAAGGCUGCAGAGGCACGGCUGGAGGAGCAGCGGCGCACCGUGGAGGAACACAAACGUCAGCUGGAGCAACAGUUGAAGGAGGAGCAGCGUGCGUGGCUGGAGGAGCAGCAGCGCGUGUUGGAGCACCACAAGAAGGAGUAUGAAGCACUGGUGCGGGAGGGCUUCAAGCGUGAGGCGGCAGCCAUGCAGGAGCUGAUCACACAGCUGCAGAAGGAAAAGAAGAAAAUGGAGGUGGGCACCUGGGUUAGCUCAGCUCUGAACGUUCUGAGCAACAUUUUGGCUCCAUUCCUGCCUGGUAUGGCAGGAAAACUUUUCAAUAAACUGCGGCGCGUGUGAUGUGGACUGCUGCCCAGCAGCUGUCCCUGCAAUAAAUCCAGUUGCACUGCCC